GUGCGAAGCCGGAGGAAUGGGCAAAUUCUCGCUAUGAAGUGCAUAUCGAAGAAGAUGCUUGCCAGGCGCAACCACACGGCUUAUAUGCAAGCUGAGCGAGACAUCAUGACGAAGGUGGUGCACCCGUUUGUGGUUGCGUUGCAGUGCGCCUUUCAGACGGAACAUAAGCUCUUUUUGGUUAUGGAGUACCUCCCUGGCGGUGAACUUUUUUUCCACCUCAGCAAGAAGGGAUUAUUUCUAGAGGAGUACGCUAAGUUUUACGCGGCGGAGAUGGUGCUAGCCCUGGAGUUCUUGCAUGGGAAAGGAAUCAUCCACAGAGACCUCAAGCCUGAGAACCUGCUGUUGGGAGCGAAUGGACAUAUUUGCGUGACCGACUUCGGGCUGGCGAAGGAGCUAACACACGAUGAAGACGAGGGCUUGAAGACUAUAUGUGGGACGAACGAGUACAUGGCUCCGGAGAUGAUCCUUCGCAAAGGCUACGGGAAGGCAGUCGACUGGUGGUCCAUGGGGGCGUUGGUGUACGAGAUGACAGCGGGAUAUCCCCCAUUUCAGGGCAAAACACCGAAGGACCUCAAUCGGAAGAUUCUAAACGAGAGGGUUUCUCUCCCAAAGUGGCUUAGCCCGACUGCGCAUCAGGUACUGCGAGGAUUCCUUGAACGGAAUGUCAGCAGACGGCUCGGCGCCAAGAAGACGACAAUGUUCGAUAUUGGAGGUGCCACCGCCGUGAAGCACCAUCCUUUUUUCGAAGGAAUCGAUUGGGUAAAGCUUGUCGCGCUGCAGGUUGAGCCCCCUUUGAAACCAGAGUUGGUCAGCACCACUGAUACCAGUAACUUUGCCACGGAGUUCGUUGACAUGGCCCUCCCCAGAUCUCUUUCCCAGGAGUCUCUGUUGAGCCAUGCAGGAAGCCUUGACCCACCUGGGUCGGAGGAGGUUGGGGAGAUGUUUCGUGGCUUUUCUUUUGUGGCUGAUAGCUUUAUCGAGGAGGGCGACUGGCAACAAGCUCAAGGAGAUGGCUUUAGCUUUGCUCAGGGAGGAGGCGAUGGACCAAGUGCAGGGCCUCCCAAAAAGGUCAAGGGCAAGCGCAUCAGAAAGAAAGGGAAAGCGAAAGCGAUGCAGGCAGGGGCGUUGGUCAAGGCACCGGACGUGCCGACAGAGAGUGCUCGAAGCGAGUAUGGAGACGAGGAUAGGAGCUUGCCGCUCUGCGGCGCUGUUCGCGAACAAGAUGUCCCCAAGCCUGUGUUUGUGCGGGAACCUGUGGGCGGAGUGGAGUCAAAGCCGUCAACUCUAGCAGCCUUGCUGAAAGCGCAACUGAAGGAUAAACCACGGAACGCGGCCGUGAGCAAGAAUGAGCCUUCCCGGGCAAACGUGUGGGGUGUCAGCAGCCUCCCGGCACCUGCCCCAGUUCCGAUACCGGCUGGCCCGCUCCAAGCAAAAGGCCGACCUGCGCCUGCACGAAGACUUACGACACAAGAUUCAAAGGGUCUGCCUGGGCACCAUGCAGACGCGAGUGGAACUUUCGUGUGGAAACGACCCGUUUAGAGAGUUCUAGAACGGUGGUACGUACCUCUCGCAGUUGGUGUGGUGGUGUCCACUUCAAGAGCGGCGAACAUGACUAGCACUAGUUUGUGUUGAUGGCGUCACGAGUGGGUGGUGUCGUUGUGUGAGAACGGGUGUCGCUUGAACCCGCCUGGUUAGGUAGUCCGUAGAUAUUUGUAUAAUAGCCGAAGGUCAACCCAGAUCCAGGCGCCCGGAAUAUCGAUGUGGUGGGAAAAAGAAGGAAAGAGGAUUGAAACGGGUGUGUCGUUGUGUAUUUGUACAUGGCUCUUCCAACGCCCUCUUUGUACCCUACGGUUUAAUGUGAUGCUGGAGUGGUAACUCCAACCAUGGAGGUAGUUCGCCGUGGCUCAACGGUUCUCAAAGUCCCAGUUGUGAAUCAAAAGACGCGAGCUCCUAAACCUUACCCAGGAGCCUUCCUACGCAUAUCGCCACGAUGCUGUAUCGAGGUGCCCAAUACAAAUACAUGCCCAUGGUCAGCACGUCACUUUUGUAACAUCUUGCAGUGUGGAAAUGCAAUGUUUUUUUUUGUUUGCUUUUUUGUUUUUUUCCCAUCAUUGGACUCUGUCGUCUGCCCCUCUGGCCCCUAUCCUCUACUUCUACCAGCUAGACGCUCAACAGGGGUCACAUAGGAGGGGGGGGUUGGACCCCCUCCAGCAGCUCCUGCUUGAGUUAUUUUUAUCGCGAGAAGGGUACAGCAAUCCCUUCCCUCGCGACUUGUGAAGUCGAUCAAGUUUACUAACAACGAGCUUUGCAGCGCGUCGCUUCCAACGGAACCAGGAUUUAAUUAGCGAGAAAAAACUCACUCUGUCUGGACUCGAGACCAUGACGUGGCCCGUAGCAGGCUGCGAGGCUACCCACUAGUCUAGACCACCGGGGCGACCGGGUAAAUGUAUCCAUGUCCGUACACAACUGCCGUGUUUGUCCUGGAUUGAUGUUCCCCAAUUGCAAAUUGGGAUUUUAGUCAGCGCUAUCCCUCAAAAUACUCCUUGUAUCCCACCAACUGCUGUGUGCACAAAGCACCUCCCUGGGUCACACACACGAAUAGUGAUCAGCACGCUGUACACUGACAAACUGCUGUCUGUGCUUUCUGUUCAGACUUCGAUCGAUACCAAAAACUACAAAAAUCUCAAACCCAUGGGAACGCAGCCGUGGUGCUACAACUACUCAGAUAUCUUCCCAGCACCUUCUGUGGGCGCGUGGUCACUCGCUGAGCUCGUAGCGGCAGACAGCUGGUAGCUGGGGAAAUGGCG